AUGGCAAGCUUGGCGAUGCAGGUCCUUGGUUUUUGUCUGGCUUUCACUGGCUUCGCUGGUUUGAUAGCAUCUACUGCUAUGAAUGAAUGGAAGGCAUCGUCAUAUGUGGGGAAUAAUAUUGUGACAGCUCAAGCUAUGCACGAAGGACUGUGGAUGUCGUGCGUGUCUCAGAGCACCGGGAAUAUCCAGUGCAAAGCUUUCGACUCGCUCCUCGAUCAGCCGAUGGAUUUACAGGUCACCCGGGCCCUAAUGAUCUCCAGCAUCCUCGUCUCUUGCACGGCCACUCUGGUCGCCGUCGUGGGCAUGAAGUGCACCACCUGCUUGGCAGAGGACCAGAAGCAGAAGAACAGAGUGGCACUAGCAGCAGGGAUUCUCUUCAUAAUCGCGGGGUUCUGCGCUUUGGUGGCUACUUCUUGGUAUGGCAAAAACGUAACAACACGUUUCUACCAAGACCUCAGGUAUGAGUUUGGCAGAGCGCUCUUCAUUGGCUGGGGUGCUGCCAUCCUCUCAGUUCUGGGAGGGAGCUUCCUGUGCUGCAGGUGUGCUAGCACAGACUUGAGGCAGUCCACGCAACACCCUAAAUCCUACUCCUCUGGAAGGCCUGACAUGGACUAUGUUUAGCAGCCUUGAAAAGUCCAGGGAAGCACCCCUGUCUGCAGCCCCAGGAAAUGCAAGGUUAGGAUUCCAGCACCAGGCUCAGGAGUAUGACGUUGUCUUGUUCUGAUAAUAAAGUCGAGUAUCCUGGCUGCCAGUACUGUACUUGAAGAAAAAUUCUCAAGCUGUGCUCAUGAACACAAACC